AUGGAGACCUACUUCGGACAUGUCCGCACCCCGGCGGACGCUAUAAUUCUGUUUGAGGCCUGUCGCAUCGGCCUGCUGCCCGGGUACAACGCCGACUUUCAGAGAAAGAACGCCAGUCGAUCCGUUCCGGCUCUGUAUUCGUCUGGGAUGAGCGAGAAGCUGGCAUGCGACGAUGGACUGACGGCAAAUCAUGGAGCGCAAGUCGAGUGUCUGGCAGCUUUUUAA